AUGGGGUUCAUAUGGACGUUCAUCAUGACGAGCUUGCUCACCACCAACGCGUUUGCGAUCCUGAACGAGAAGCGCUUCCUUCGACGAAUUGGAUUGCAUCAAGUCGACAACUCGGACGGACCGCCGACCGUGAAGAACCAACUCGCAGGACUCCUCACGGCCGUCCAAUACACAAGAGUCUUAUUGAUCCCGAUCAACGUUGUCGCAAUUGCGCUGGAACUCCUGCUGGGAUAA